GGUCGGGUAGAGGCAGCGCGUGCACGCGUGCGCAGUGCGCGGGCGGGCGGUCGUGGGCGCCGCUCCCGGCAGCUGGGUGCCUGAAGGAGCCGGGACCGCGGUGGCGCGGGUGCUCCGGGCGGAGGCCGCGUGUAAUGUUCAAGCCCAGAAAUGCCUUAUGUGGAUCGACAGAAUCGCAUCUGUGGUUUUCUAGACAUUGAAGAAAAUGAGAACAGUGGGAAAUUUCUUCGACGGUAUUUCAUCCUGGAUACCAGAGAAGAUAGCUUUGUAUGGUACAUGGAUAAUCCACAGAACCUGCCUUCAGGAUCAUCACGGGUUGGAGCCAUUAAACUUACCUACAUAUCAAAGGUUAGCGAUGCAACUAAGUUACGGCCAAAGGCAGAGUUUUGUUUUGUUAUGAAUGCAGGAAUGAGAAAAUACUUUCUACAAGCUAAUGAUCAGCAGGACUUAGUGGAGUGGGUAAAUGUCUUGAACAAAGCUAUAAAAAUUACAGUACCAAAGCAGUCAGACUCACAACCAGCCUCUGACAACCUGAGUCGCCAAGGUGACUGUGGCAAGAAGCAAGUGUCUUACAGAACUGAUAUUGUUGGUGGUGUACCCAUCAUCACACCAACACAGAAAGAAGAGGUAAACGAAUGUGGUGAGAGUGUUGACAGGAACAGUUUGAAACGGUCACAAAGCCAUCUUCCUUACUUUGCUCCUAAGCCGCCUCCAGACAGUGCCGUUAUCAAAGCUGGGUACUGUGUGAAGCAAGGAGCGGUGAUGAAAAACUGGAAGAGAAGAUACUUUCAAUUGGAUGAAAACACAAUAGGCUACUUCAAAUCUGAACUGGAAAAGGAACCUCUGCGGGUAAUACCACUUAAAGAAGUUCAUAAAGUCCAAGAGUGCAAGCAAAGUGACAUAAUGAUGAGGGACAACCUGUUUGAAAUCGUGACGACGUCUCGGACUUUUUAUGUGCAGGCUGAUAGCCCUGAAGAGAUGCACAGUUGGAUUAAAGCAGUCUCUGGCGCCAUCGUAGCACAGCGGGGACCUGGCAGAUCAUCGUCCUCUAUGCGGCAGGCCAGAAGGCUGUCGAACCCUUGUAUACAGAGGAGCAUUCCGGCUGUCCUUCAGAAUCCAAAUACACUGUCCUCCGUCCUGCCGGGCCAGCAGCAGCAGCCGCCUCACAUUCCGCAGCCUCUCGCAGCCACUCUCUGGUCUCAAGCUAUACCAUGGAGAAGCGAGGAUUUUACGAAUCUCUUGCCAAGGUCAAGCCAGGGAACUUCAAGGUCCAGACUGUCUCUCCAAGAGAGCCAGCUUCCAAAGUGACUGAACAGGCUCUGCUCAGACCUCAGAGUAAAAAUGGCCCUCAGGGAGAAGAUGGUGAGCCAGUGGACUUAGAUGACGCCAGCCUGCCAGUCAGCGAUGUGUGAGGUGGGAACACGUGGGCUGCCUGCGCACUCACCCUCAGUGUCCUUCCAUGAGGCUUCUCGCCAAAGAUGAUAGAGGGCGAAUGAUUUGAGUGCAUAUGUUAUACUGCCUGUGGGUGUACUCUCUAAGGUGGCAAACCAAGAAUCUAGGGAGUGGCCAAGUCAACAUAAUUUCUUUAAGAAAGAAAGAAAAAAAGCUGUGUCCACAUUGACUGUCUGAAGCUUUACAUGCUUGGGUGGUAAAAAUGUGUGUGUGAUUUUUUUUUCUUAGUGACUUUGCAAUUUUAAAUAACAAUUUAAAACAUUAAAAUUUCUUAUUAUUUUGGUCAUUUAAACAUGCUAAUAUGACUCCCUAUGAAAUAUUCAAUAUUUACACAUUCUUAUCAGCUAACAUUAUCAAGUGGGACAUUCCCAGACAAAAAUUCCUAAACUCAUGAUGUCUGUGGUGCUGCAGAAUUUUUAUCACAAUGUGGACUAUUUAGAAAUUCUAACCAUUUAUGAUAUUCUGGCUGUGCAGGUGAGUGGAAAAUUUUUCAUAGAAGAUUUGAUUAAGCCAGGCAGUGGUGGCGUACACCUUUAAUCCCAGCACUUGAGAGGCAGAGGCAGGCAAAUUUCUGAGUUCGAGGCCAGCCUGGUCUACAGAGUGAGUUCCAAGGACAGCCAGGGCUAUACAGAGAAACCCUGUCUCGAAAAACCAAAAAAAAAAAAGAUUUGAUUAGACAGUUGGUGCAGGUGGGAGUUGAGCAGGGUGAGCAGAAGGGGGAGAUUGGAGGUCAGCUAUAGCUAAGAUUUCUGUUUUCUUUUGUGGGGAGGGGACUUCUUUAUUUUUAUUUUGAAGACUGGAUUCUCUGUGUGGUGAUGCUGUCCUGGAACUUGCUCUGUAGACCAGGCUGCUCUUGAACCUGUGGUGAUCCUUCUGCCUCUGUUGCCUCCCAAAUUAUAGGGCUGUGUUAGCAACUUGCAGCCUGAGACACUGUUUUAAAAAACUCAGUAUUUUAUUUCAGUAAAAAUUAUUUGGUCAUAAAUUUUGGGAAGAUCUGAUUUUUUUUUUAAAUCAAAGUUUUGUAAAUAGAUCUUAUUUCUGAAUUAUCAGUGAAAGACUUCAGUUCACAUGCUAAGUCAAAAUGGCCCUUAGUCAUGAACUUGUUAUGGCUUCUCCCUUGUCAUCAGUAGUAACCUAUACUCAAGUGCCUGUGUCUUUUAUCUCACUUAGAAUUGUACCCCAAAGUCCUACAUGAUUGGCUUUAAAUAUCUGAAUAAAUUAAUUUCAGUAGAGUAGUUUGAUAUGUUAAAUAAGAUAGCAUUUUAUAUCAGAGACACCAGAAUGUUGGUGUUCAACUACCUGUGCAAUAUUUAUGUCUUGAAAACCAGAUCCGAGUAUGCAUUGAAGUGUGGGGAUAUCACAAAUAGAAGCACCUCUCUGAAGAGUACCCAGUUUCCAGUGUUGAGUAAUAGACUGGUUUGAGCAAGUACUGUUUUGUGGCGACAUCUUAGGUGUUUGCUUCCCCAGGCUGCUGCUCUAUGGUAUUUCCAGUCUCAGACUUGUGUUUUGGAGUCAUGGUGUUAGUGUUUUGCCUUUUUGUGUUCUAAGACUACUUGUUGGAGGAUGAAAGAUUCGCUACAGUGGUUUAGGGUUAAGAUGUUCUAUUUAGUUGCCCAGCACAAGAACGUACCACUCACCUUUCGUAUUCAUAAGCUAAUAUAUUAGAGUUCUGUGUAGUUUUCUCUUGUGCACCUGCAUUAGAAAACCAUAGGACAACAAGGUUGUUAAGCAGUGACAACCCUUCUGCUGCCGUACUCAUCACCCAGUCUCUCUUAGAAGUUCCUUUUUCAUGAACAUACCUAGGGACCCUUGUACAGACUCUUGGCAGUAUUGAUGAGCCUGGCGCUGUUUGCUUUGGUACAGCCCCCACAGUGUGUAUUCUUUUUAUCAUAUUUUGGUAUCGGUAAUUUGAUAUAUUUCAUGGUGGUAAAAUAUUAGCUCUAUUUUGGAACUUUUUAUAGAAUUACAUUUAUUCAAAAGCAUAGGAAUAUGUUCUUGUGAUUAUCAGGAUCUUCUAAUAUUUAUCUCAAUUCUUUUGUAAGCUUAUGGAAAUUAUUUAAUUAUUUUAAAGCAUAUUUUCUUGUAAAUAUAUCCUAUUUGAAGCGUCAGCAGUUACUUUGAAUACCGUACUAUUUGCUGCAUUUUUUCCUGUGUGUAUAAUGUAUCUCCUCCCAGAACAGGAAUGUGCCUCCUAAUGUUUACUGUUACACCGCUAUCUUUGUAUGUCCAGUUGGUUGAACACUGUAAUGACUUGAGAAUAAACUGCUCAGAAUUCAUUUUCACUCAGUUCCCAUUUUGUUUGGUUCAGUGCUCACAUGGACAAGUCAGUAGAACUGGUAAGAAACAUUUUUGAUUAGUUCGUUUACUUACCUUUCAAUAAACAGAUUUCAUUCCAAGACAGCCAGGGUUAAACAGAGGAACCCUGUCUUGAAAAACCAAAAAAUAAAAUAAUAAUAAUAAAAA